CGGCAGUGGGAGAAGAUGGAACGAUAUGGAUUUUGGCCUACAUUUUGCACAUUUUCUCAUCGAUUAAACAUUUGAUCUCAAUACCAUGUUCAGUUCCAACAAACUAGAAUAUGUUACGAAUGUUACCCUUUGUUCAAGUUUUAAAAAAUAGUGUUGUUUAGAAGGAGUGCAAAGAGUAGGCGUUCCCUAACUGAAAUAUGCAAAUAUAUGUGCUAGAACGCGCCAAUAGAAUCGCUCUAGCUCGGGCUUGGCUCUGCCCACAAUGACUCAUUUGUUCCUGUCUGAAACGACAGGCUUGUGGUCUAUCUUGGUCUAGUUAUAAUGUCUGUGUCACUAGCGUGAGGUUCAACGUGCAAAGCGUCAGAAGAAAACAACAGCAGAAGCAUGAAGCCCCAACAGAAGUUGUUAAACUCAGUAGACCGCUGUGUAGACGAGGCCCUGGAAGGCAUUGUCUCUAGCUCUGGAUGUCUCUCUCUGCUGAGGGGCCACAGGGUGGUGGUCAGGGCUGAUCUGGACGCCCUCAAGGGCCGGGUGGCCUUGCUGUCUGGAGGGGGGUCUGGACACGAGCCAGCACAUGCAGGGUACAUAGGUAGCGGUAUGCUAUCAGCAGCGGUUGCAGGUGGUGUCUUUGCCUCCCCUCCCCCGGCCAGUGUUCUAGCGGCCAUUUUGUGUCUACGUGACGCGGGGGUGUCGGGAGUUCUACUCAUCGUUAAGAACUACACCGGAGACCGCCUCAACUUCGGCCUCGCUGCGGAACAGGCCCGUAACCGUGGCGUCGCAGUCGAAAUGGUGGUUGUCGCCGACGACUGUGCUUUUGAUCGACCCAGUAAGGCGGGGAGGAGGGGCCUGUGUGGGACGGUGUUCGUUCACAAGCUUGCUGGGGCUCUGGCUGAAGAAGGUUGUCCAUUGGACGAGAUUGUCUCCAAGGUGACAGAGGCAGUGAAGGGCAUUGGUACUCUGGGGGUCAGCUUGUCUCCCUGCAGUGUUCCAGGCUGUCUGCCUUCCUUUGACCUGCCUGCUGGAGAGAUGGAGCUGGGACUGGGUAUCCAUGGUGAGCCUGGCAUUAAGAGGUCAAAGGUGACCUCGGCGGAUGAGGUGGUGAAGACCAUGGUAGACCAUAUGACCAACCCUGCCAGCCAAUCACAUCUGUCUCUGAAGUCAGGUGACAGUGUGGUUCUGUGUGUCAACAACCUUGGAGCUCUGUCUUGUCUAGAGAUAUCUGUUGUUACUAGAUCUGCUAUACGCUACCUGGAGGGUCGUGGGGUGCGGGUUGCCCGGGUGAUGUCGGGGUCAUUUAUGACAUCACUGGAGAUGGCGGGAGUGUCUCUGUCAAUGAUGAGAGCAGACCAGGAGAUACUCCGACUGUUUGAUGCCAAGACCACAGCCUCUGCCUGGCCCAACCUCAGUACUGUGUGUAUCAGUGGGACGAGUUACAUUCUGGACCCUCCAGCAAAAGACAUGCAAGAGACCUCUCACACAGAAGGUCCUCUCAGUGAUGUGAUGCGGAAGGCUCUAGAAGCGGUGUGCUCUUCCCUUCUUCAACGCCAAGAGGAACUAAACUCACUGGACAGGGCAUCCGGGGACGGAGAUUGCGGGAACACUCAUGCCCAAGCUGCCAAAGCCAUUCAGGAGUGGCUUCCGGGUCACAUUGUUCCUGGGUGCCCGGGGCAACUACUGUCCACUCUCGCCGGAUUGGUGCAGGAGAGAAUGGGCGGGUCUUCAGGAGCGUUAUACAGUUUGUUCCUGACAGCAGCUGCCGCUCUUCUGAAGGAUCGCAGCGACCCCGCAGCCUGGGCCAACGCUAUGCAUGCUGGGACAGACGCUAUGAGAUGGUAUGGAGGAGCUGAUCCUGGAGACAGGACUAUGUUGGAUGCUCUGUGUCCAGCAGUGGAGGAACUGAGGAGACUGACAACAUCGCCACCUGGUGGUCACAUGGCCAUUCUGCAGGCUGCUGUGGAGAAAGCUGAACUAGGGGCGGAGUCUACCCGUGACCUCACAGCCAGGGCGGGGAGAGCAAGCUACAUCGCCACAGUACACGUGACCCUUCCUGACCCUGGUGCCGUGGCAAUAGCUGCCAUCUUGAGAGCAGUGUUCGAAGCCCUGGGAGGACAGAAGUGAUGACGGAGGGACGGACGGAUGUUGUUGUUGUUGUCAUCAUUACAGCUGUUAUACAUGGUGAUCUGUUUGAAAAUGUGAUAUUAUAUGAUAAUGUGAAAAGCAA